CCCCAGGGGAGGAGCAGUUUGAAAAGUCAGGGAGAGCUCUUCCUGUGCGGGUUCUGAAAGUGGAAGGAGAGAAGUCAGUGUAGUUCCUGGUGUGGUCCUAGCUGAACUCGGGGAUCAUGGACAUCGAAGCAUAUUUUGAAAGGAUUGGUUAUAAGAACUCUAGGAACAAAUUGGACCUGGAAACAUUAACUGACAUUCUUCAGCACCAGAUCCGGGCCAUUCCCUUUGAGAACCUUAACAUCCAUUGUGGGGAACCCAUGGAAUUGGGCUUGGAGGCCAUUUUUGAUCAAGUUGUGAGGAGGAACCGGGGUGGGUGGUGUCUCCAGGUCAAUCACCUUCUGUACUGGGCUCUGACUACCAUCGGUUUUGAGACUACAAUGUUGGGAGGCUACGUUUACAACACUCCAGCCAAAAAAUACAGCAAUGCUAUGAUUCACCUCCUGCUGAAGGUGACCAUAGAUGGCAGGAACUACAUAGCUGAUGCUGGGUUUGGACGCUCUUACCAGAUGUGGGAGCCUCUGGAGUUAAUUUCUGGGAAGGACCAGCCUCAGGUGCCUUGCGUCUUCCGCUUGAUAGAAGAGAGAGGAGUCUGGUACCUGGACCAAAUCCGAAGAGAGCAGUACAUUCCAAACCAAGAAUUUCUUAAUUCUGAUCUCCUAGAAAAGAAUAAGUACAGGAAAAUCUACUCCUUUACUCUUGAACCUCGAACAAUUGAAGAUUUUGAAUCUGUUAACGAAUACCUUCAGACAUCUGCAGCAUCUGUGUUUACAAGCAAGUCAUUUUGUUCCUUGCAGACCCCAGAUGGGGUUUACUGUUUAGUGGGCUUCACCCUCACCUCUAGAAAAUUCGAUUAUAAGGACAAUAUGGAUUUGGUGGAGUUUAAGACACUGAAUGAAGAAGAAAUAGAAGAAGAGCUAAAAAAUAUAUUUAAUAUUUCCUUGGAGGGCAAACUAGUGCCCAAAUACGGUGAUAAAUUUUUUACCAUUUAGAGUAAGGGCUAGCAAUGAUCUUCAGUAGUAUUUCAUGUACUGAAACUUAUUAUAAAAAUUUAAUAUAUAUAAAAGUAGAGAGAAUAAAAUAAAAAACCCCAAUUUAUUUAUCCCCAUGUUACCAACUAUCAGCUGGUAGCAUAUGUAUCUCUCACAGGUCCUUGCUGACCUCACAUGAUAUUAAUCAAAUCCUAGACAUCAAGUCAUUUCAUCCUUAAAAAUGCCAGCAUAUGUAUUUAUAUAAUGUUUUAAAGAAACAGAAACAGACUCUUUUUCAAAAUUAAUAGUAAAGGUAUUUUAAAGGUGGCCUAUGGUUUUCUUGGGAGAAAAUAGUGAUUUCUGUUAGAAAAAUUUUUAUACUGGUUGAAUGUUGAAUUCAUAAAAAAUGUUUACCCAUGGUUCAGUAAAUGGAAAACCGAGGAACUCGUUUUUUUAAAAAUUCAACAAGGAUAUGUCCAAUGUCCAAGUUUUACAAAAGAAUUUAGGAUUAGAAUUCACCAAAGAAGAAGGAGACAUGAUACUGCUUCCUAAUAGUUCUCAAGGCUUAAACCAACACAUAGUAACAUGUGAUUAAGUAUCAAGAGAGUGACACAGCCAAUCAUUUCUUCACGGUUCUUUCUGUGACCACAGCUCUUUAUGUAGCAUUUUCCUUAACACAGAAUCACUGAUAUUUAGAAUUUUUCAAAUUCCAGAAUUGUCAUUUUGUCUACUAGUAAUAAGCAUUGUGGCUUUUAAAAGAGUUGUUAUCUGUGAAAACUUGAUGUGUAGAAGUAUGUUAAGACAUUGUUGGCUAAUUCAACACAAAGUGUUUGGCAGAGUUAGAGGAUGAUGGGGCUGGGUCUUCCUCACACCCUCUUCUCUAUCUCCUGGUUGUGUUCUUUUACUUCAUCCCACACUUUGUCACCAGAGAAAGAGUCUGAGCGUCAGAGAGUAUAGAUCUGAGUUCAAACCCUUUGGACACUGGGUGAAUUACUUCACGCACCUGUGGCUCUGACCCCUCAGAGGUAAAAUGGGGAUCAUCUGCCGUGUUAAGUGCCAGACAGAGUCAACUCACAAUAAAUAUGUGUU